GACAGCCUCAUGAACGCGCUGCUGGCGCGCUACGGCGGGGUGGCCUUGGACCUGUCAACCGUCCUUCUGCGCCCUCUGGACCCGUACUGGGACGACAUGGUGAGGCGAGCUGCGACCUUCCGAGGCUACCUCUACCGCGCGAAUGGGGAGCCUUGGGGCCAAGCCGAGAGCACGGCGGUGUGGUUUCUCAUGUCACGCCGCGAGGGUAUUUUCACCACGGUGGUACGGAACCAGGUGAUCGGCAUGGGAGCGGAGAAGGACUCGUUUGCGUACGCCGAGCCUUAUAGAGCGCUCGGUGAUCAGACGAUCACUCCUGUCAUCGCGAUGUUCAACAGCAGCUGGCCGAGAUGCAGUGAUGACGUGUGGGUAGAACACAAGAACCAAUGCCCAGAAAACAACAUGGCGACGGGAGCUGAUCCGCUGUCCAUGUUCGCACCAGCGGAACAUCCACGCACAGAUGUCAGGAUGAUUCUCGAGGAGCCGCGCGAAGGGCCUCAGUUGCCUUUCUGCUUCGAGGACGAUUUCAGCAUGGGUACUUGGAGCAUCUCGGACGACACUGAAGUGGCGGGCGACGCGUGCAAGACUCGGAGGCAGUGCUGGGAGUAUUUCUUGGCACGCUACAAUCAGCCCGAUAAUGGCACAGGUACUCCACUUCUUUUUGUGAAGCUCUUCAACGCAGGAGGCCAGCUGAAGACAUGGAGUCGCGGCCAGUUGUUGAGCGAAAAACGCACGUUUUUUCACCACUGGCUGCAAAUGGCGGGCUUGUCGGAGAAUGUGUCGACACCGUGGUAG